ACGAAGAAGAAGACGGAAGGAGAAGUGGAAAUGGAAGUAAACCGGAAACGGAAUAAAGGAAUCAGCUGUCAGAAAGUAGCCAAAGUGAAAACAACGAUCCAGAAAGAGAGAUGCCCUAAGGCGUACCUGGGUCUCGUCUGCCUGUGAGCUGGGACUGAAGCCUCCUGUCAACAUGCCUGCAGUGUCCACCGGGGUCAAGGACCUGUACCUGUCCACGUCUCUGGGAGACCUGAACAAAAAAGCUGAGAUUAAACCGGACAAAAUAAGCACCAGAAGUUAUGUUCAGAGUGCCUGUAAAAUCUUCAAGGCAGCAGAGGAAUGCCGCUUGGACAGAGAUGAGGAGAAGGCAUACGUGCUGUACAUGAAGUAUUUAACCGUAUAUGACCUGAUUAAGAAAAGACCGGACUUCAAGCAGCAACCGGAGUAUUACAUGACCAUGCUGGGCCCCAACACCUUUAAGAGGGCCAUCGAAGAAGCAGAGAAGCUGUCGGAAAGCCUUAAACUCAGGUACGAGGAAGUAGAGGUCCGCAAAAGACUGGAGGAGAAGGAGAGACAAGAGGAAAAGAAAAGAAGGGAGGAAAUAACGGAGAAAGACAGCGACCGCGUUUCACCUCAAACAGCAAACAAGAAGGACAUCAAAAAGGUCAAAGGUGAACAGAAUGAGUUAAAGACCGCAGCCUCCAAAUCGCUGUUGUCCGGUGGAGUCACAGCUGAGAACCUGUUCCACAUGAUGAAGGACCAGAGCAUCAGUCUGAUUGUCAUGGACGCUCGUAGCUCCAGGGACUUUGAGGAGUCUCACAUUCAUGUCCCGGCCCAGACCUGUAUCAGUGUCCCCGAGGAGGCCGUCAGUCCAGGAAUCACUGUGAAUCAGAUUGAGCUGAAGCUGUCGGACGUGUCCACAGAGCACUGGAGACGCAGAGGCUUCGUGGAUUAUAUCGUACUGCUGGACUGGUUCAGUUCUGUCACGGACCUGGCCCUGGGGACCACUUUACAGAGCCUGAAGGACGCCCUGUAUAAGUGGGACAGUGUCACCAUCCUGCGCAGUGAGCCCCUGGUCCUGGAGGGGGGCUACGAGAACUGGCUGUUGUUUUACCCCAUGUACACAACCAACGCUAAAGUCCGACCCCCCAGACAGAACAUCACCAGUACCCUCCCCCAGUUAAAUUUCAGCUACCCCUCCCUGGAGGAACCCAAACCUGCACCCCCACCUGAGCCGGAGCCUGAGGUGAAUCCUGAGCCCCAGGAGGCCCCGCCCCCACCCCCCUCUCUGGCCAAUGGGCUGGCUCCAGCUGAACCCUCUGCUCCUCAGGCGUCCACAGUCACUGAUGGUUUCCCCGACACUGUGGACAGUCCUGGACCGGGCCUGGAAGGAGGGAAGCAGGACUCUGCGGCCAAGGGCCCGGGCCCCGGCCCCGGCCCCGCCCUCAACCCUGCCCCUGCUGCAGCCAAGGCCCUCCCUCAGUUUGAUCGGACCAAGAAACCAUCUGUGCAGGUGUUUGAUGAGCCAAAGUCCAUCCAGUCUGCAUCAUCCAAGGACUCCCCUCAGAACGGCCCCAUGGUCCCAGACCGCUCAGCUAAACCUGCCUUUGGGCCUAAAGCCGAACAGAGUCAGAUCCACUGUGAGCCAGCGGCGCUGAUGGAGAAGGCCCGACAGGAGCAGGAGAGACGGCUGAAGGAGAAGGGAGACAGAGAGAGGACGGACACGGAGGAGGACAAGAAACUGGACAAGAAAAGACUGGAGAGGCAGAAGGCAGAAGAGGAGGAGGACAAAGAGAACAGAGGACAGACAGACAAGGACAGGAGAGCCAAAGAGCAGAACGCAGACACUCCGUCCAAGAGCAUGUCUCUGGACUCACCGGCACCCAAUCACAUCAUCAGUGAGAUGAAGAGGGAACCUCUGACCAGAGCCAGGAGUGAGGAGAUGGGGAGGAGUGUCCCAGGACUACCAGACGGAUGGAUGAAGUUCCUGGACACAGUGACCGGUACCUACCGAUACUACCAUUCCCCCACCAAUCGGGUCCACCUAUACCCUCCGGAGGUCACCGUUCCGCAGACUCCACCCUCUACACCUCCAACUGUCAAACGGAAACCGCCGCGACCAGUGGAGCCAGACACCAGCGGUGAACAGGAGCGGGAACAGUCCAAACUCAAACGCUCCUACUCCUCCCCUGACAUCAGCCAGGACCUGCGAGAGGAAGCCCAGAGGAAGGCCACGGCCCCCGCCACCACCGCCACCACCGGCGCUGCCACCAUCCCCACCAUCAACCGAGAGACCAAACCUGCCACUGCUAAAGUCUAUUCGAAGGUGGAGAUCGUCCGACCGUCGGCCGCCAAACUGCGUAACCUGAACCCUACGUUUGGAGGUCUGGGGGCAUCCUUAACGGGUCUGAGGAACCUGGGGAACACCUGCUACAUGAACUCCAUCCUGCAGUGUCUGUGCAACACUCCAGCCAUGGCAGAGUACUUCAACAACAACUACUACAUGGAGGACAUCAACAGAUCCAACAUCCUUGGACACAAAGGAGAAGUAGCCGAGGAGUUCGGUGUGAUCAUGAAGGCUCUGUGGGCAGGGCUCUACAAGUGCAUCAGCCCCAGGGACUUUAAGAUCACCAUUGGAAAGAUCAAUGAGCAGUUCGCAGGGUAUGACCAGCAGGACUCCCAGGAACUACUGCUGUUUCUGAUGGACGGGCUGCACGAAGACCUCAACAAGGCGGACAACAGGAAGCGCUACAAGGAGGAGGAGAACGACCACCUGGAUGACCAGACUGCGGCCAACCUGGCCUGGAGCAAACACAAGCUGCUCAAUGAAUCCAUCAUCGUGGCACUGUUCCAGGGUCAGUUCAAGUCCACCGUCCAGUGCCAGACCUGCCACCGCAAGUCCAGGACCUUCGAGACCUUCAUGUACCUGUCGCUGCCCCUGGCCUCCACCAGCAAGUGUUCCCUUCAGGACUGUCUGAGGCUGUUCUCCAAAGAGGAGAGACUGACCGACAACAAUAAGGUGUUCUGCAGACACUGUAAAGCCCACAGAGACUCCAGCAAGAAACUGGAGAUCUGGAAGGUUCCACCCAUUCUACUGGUCCACUUAAAACGUUUUUCUUAUGAAGGUCGGUGGAAGCAGAAGCUACAGACGUCUGUGGACUUUCCUCUGGACAGUCUGGACCUGAGCCAGUAUGUGAUUGGACCCAAACAGAACCUGAAGAAGUACAGCCUGUACGGGGUUUCAAACCACUACGGGGGUCUGGACGGGGGUCACUACACCGCCUACUGUAAGAACGCCAUCAAACAGCGCUGGUACAAGUUCGACGACCACGAGGUGUCAGACAUCUCCACCUCCUCUGUCAAGUCGUCUGCGGCCUACAUCCUGUUUUACUCCACGCUGUGAUGACCCCACUGUGACCCCGUGAUGACCCAGCCAUGACCCCGCCAUGACCCUGCAGAAACGCAGCAGAACCACGUUCAGGCCUAAAGGUGGUUUUGUUUUCCUGUUUUAAAGUCACAGCUUCCAAGAUCAGGUGGUCUAGUCUAGUCCGGUUCAUGCCCAUGAAGACCAGGUGGUCUAGUCUGGUUUGUGCCCAUGAGGACCAGGUGGUCUAGUCUAGUCCGGUUCAUGCCUAUGAGGACCAGGUGGUCUAGUCUGAUUUGUGUCCAUGAUUACCAGGUGGACAUGGUGUCCUGAUGACGUCCCAGAGACAGACCGGUCCAAGGCUUCAGCUUCUAGACCAACCUACGGCUGUAACAGAACCGGGUCACUGCUCAUCUAUUCAAACUAACUGGACUGUGACAGUUGGGUCAGAACCGGGUCACAUGCUCUUCACUGUCUCUGUUGAACUGGGUUCUGUACGUGCACAUGUACGUACCAACCCACGCUAAUGUUGCACAGUCACACUGUAAAUACAUGAGGAAGAGGUUUUCAUCUAAAGUGACCAAAUGUAAGGG